CAUGGUAACAACAAACAAUGCCGUCGAGCGCGCAGGUGACAAUUUGCUACGGACCGUAUGAAUCCAGCGGAGUUGUACAACACAGGACCUUCCGCCUGCAGGGUCUCCGAGCCGCACUGACUGUGAGCGGGCACCAGUGCAUCUUGAAAGAAACGAAGGAGUGGAACAAGGUGGAGCUCGUGGUCAACGGGGAGCUCGUCUUCACCUGUCAUAUAAAGCAGCUGGAGUUCGGCGGAGAUGGAAAACUGGACCCUGUUUGCAAGGAGGCUGUUGCUGCUGUGGAGAAUGCUAAAGUUAACAGAGCCUGACAUUUGAAUGUAUAAAACAUGAUUUACCACAUUGUCAGUUGGUGAUGGUAAUUUGCUUAAUUGCAGAUUUGUACUUGUGGGCCAGUCUUUUGGGGGGGGGGGGGGGGAUUUAUGUUAACACAUUUAUUGUCUUAGUUUAUAUUUGGACUGACUUGAAACAUAUUCUUAAAUUGUUUAUGUAAUUACCACAGGGACACAGAAAACCUGGAAACAGGUAAUAAAAUUCACCAUUGAUUUGUGGGUCCAUGGGAAAAUAAU